AUGGCGCGAUGUUCCCUCUUCUCCACCCCGGCACCCUUCUUCGCCGAGCCCCCCAUCUCGGGGAAGGGCAGCGCCGCCAGUGGGCCCCUGCUCAAGCUGCGCCUGACCAGCUGCAGCAAUGGGGACAUCCUCUCCAUCACCGUCUCCCACCUGGUGGCAGGCGCGUACCCGCGGCUCACGCCGGCGCAGUGGGCGUCCCUGCCCGGCGCCUUCUGGCGCUUUGUUGCCGCGGAGCAGGGCGUGCACACGAUCCACCUGCCCCGCGAGGCGGUGGAGCGCAUCAGGGAGGUGGCGGGCGGCGGCCCGAUCCCCGGCCCGCCCGUCUCCAGCCUCGACGCGGUGCAGGCCUUCCUGGCGGUGCUGGUGAACUCGCUGGGGGGUAAGCCGCUGGUGGCCCGGGCCCCGGCCCUGCUCACCGUGAAUGUGGAGCUCUUGCACGCCCGUCUGGGGCUGGCGCCUAGGGUGGCCCACCAGCUGGAACGAGCCAUGGGAAAUACGAUCCAGAUCCUGCAAGUGCCGGGGCUGACGCCCGAGGACGCCAGGAGCGGCCUGGCUAUGCCGACGGGGGCCAGCGAAGUCUCGACUCUGGAGGCGGCCGUCCAGAUCAAUGCCCGCCUCAUCCGCCGUCGGCUCAUCGCGGUUCGAGCAGACGUGACCGGGACGCUGCAGGCGCUGCACGAGCAGGAGGAGAUGGCAUCCCUGCCCAGACCCCUGCUGGCAGCCAACUUCAUCGCCAAGGGAGACUCCCUGAAGACCUGCGCCACCUCCGCCGUCACUGCAUACCCAUUCCACGAGAUCGACUUCGGGGCAGGGAAGCUCAAAUACAUGCAUGGAUUCACCAACCCUUGGUUCGAGCGCUUCGCCUACAUCAAGCCAGCCCUGGGAUUUGGAACAGGGCUGCUCAUCCAACUGGCCAUCCCAGCAGCCCAUGCGUCCACAAUCGCAUUGCAUCCCCUCUGGUCCCUGAUGGCGCCCAAUGCCAAGGUGUACUCUCCAGCCUGA